CGGCGCUCCGAAGGAAACAGAUUUAGAUCACGCCUGUGUUUAAUAAUAGGAGUAAAGCGAAAGUACGUUCGAUGACUGUCAGUUAUCUUUUUAUAAGCUCUUUUUCAUGUCAUGUAAUCGCUGCCGACGCAUGCAUUUUGGUUUAGGCAUUCAAAAUCUGAGGGAAACAUCUGCUUGAUUUCACAUAACGACGAGAAAGAGUUGGAAGAGUCUGACUGUCCAAUCUGUGUAUCUCAGCACACCGUCUACUGUAUCAGUGCUGUUAUUGCACACGCCUGGAGUGUCUCACGGAUUCUUGGCUACGUUUUUUAAACAAAGGGUCAGUGCUUAACGAUUUGUCAAUUUAGCAAUGUUCGGAUGAUGGCUGAAGUACAGGCUACAGAAAAUGCAUCGGGACCUUUGUUGAAUCCUACAACUGCUCCGGCACAAGUCGCAGCAGAAACAGUGGGAUUAAACAAGAAUGACGCCGUGCUUCCCCCGUCCAGUGCCCGGGCAUUCCUAGACGUUGCGGCGGCCGCCGUGGCUACCGUGCACCCGGUUUUCGGAUCCGAGGUUGCGUACACUAAUGGAAGAUUCAAAGAGCACGGGAGUCCCAGGAUUGGCAGCCGUAGUCGGGAUAAUUCAGCCGAGAGGAAUCAGGGCGUGGUGAACACACCUUGCGGCAUUAUGAAGGAUGGCUCCAAGCAGAAGCAAGUGCGCAAGAAGACGGUGUCUUUCAGCUCCAUGCCCAAUGACCGCAAGAUCAACAGCACGGCCGCCUGCAUGGCCUUCAUGAUGGAGGGCUGCGAGAUGAAGAAGGUGCGCUCCAACUCCCGCAUGUACAACCGCUACUUCCUGCUGGAUCCGGACAUGCACUGGCUCCGCUGGGAGCCCUCCAAGAAAGACUCGGAGAAGGCCAAGCUGGAGAUAAAGAGCAUCAAGGAGGUGCGGCUGGGGAAGAAGACCCCGGUACUCCGUAGCAACGGUCUGUCUGAUCAGUUCCCGGAAGAGUGCGCUUUCUCCAUCAUCUACGGGGAGAACUAUGAGUCCCUUGACUUAGUGGCCAGCACACCCGAUGUGGUCAACACCUGGGUGAUGGGCCUGCGGUAUCUGGUGUCCUAUGGCAGGCACACAGUAGACAUUGUUGAUCCCAGCCAGCCCAGUCUGAGGACCUCCUGGAUAGGGUCAGUGUUCGAGAUGGCUGACGUGAAGAAGGAGGGCCAUAUCGACCUCUCCAGAGCUACCCAGAUCAUCAAGGGCCUGAACCCCGGCAUGAAAGCAUCCCAGAUAGAGCUCAAGUUCAAGGAGCUCCAGAAGGCCAAGGACCAAUAUGGGGAGGCAAUAAACAUCGAUGUAUUCAUUGAGGCCUAUUGUGAGCUAUGUACAAGGCCAGAGAUAUUCUUUUUAUUGGUGCAGUUUUCUAGCAACAAGGAGUACCUGGACUGUAAGGACUUGAUGCUCUUUGUGGAGGUGGAGCAAGGAAUGGAAGGGGUGACAGAGGAGAUGUGCAGGGAUAUUGUCCAGAAGUAUGAGCCAUCUAUAGAUGGCAGGGAAAGGGGCUACCUCUCCAUUGAUGGCUUCACACACUACCUCCUCUCCUCUGAGUGUCACAUCUUUGACCCACAGCACAAACUGGUCUGCCAGGACAUGACACAGCCCUUGUCCCACUACUAUAUUAACUCCUCACAUAAUGCCUCCCUCCUGGAAGACCACUUCUGGGGUUCCUCAGACAUCAGCAGUUACAUCAAGGCCCUGAAGAUGGGCUGCCGGAGUCUGGAGAUGGUGGUCAGGGAUGGUCCUGACAAUGAGCCCCUUAUUUAUGUGGGAAGCUCAGUUGCCUCCCAGUUAGCCUUCUGCAGAGUCUUGGAAAUCAUUAACCAGUAUGCCUUUGAAUGCUCAGAGUACCCCUUGAUUAUCUGCCUGGUGACACACUGCUGCAUCCACCAGCAAAAGGUCAUGGCACAGCACAUAAAAAAGAUCCUGGGGGAGAAGCUGUAUGUGGGCCCUCCAAGCUUGGAAGAAAAUUACCUGCCGAGCCCUGAGAAACUGAAAGGAAAGAUUCUACUCAAAGGCAAGCGGUUGCCACCCAACUAUCCAGAUUCUGAGGGCGAUGUCACGGAUGAGGAAGAAGGAAUGGAGAUGUCCAGAAGAGCUGGGACAGCAGAGAAGGACCAGCUGAAUGGGAUUGGCUGUAAAAGGCUAAGGCUUUGCAAAGAUCUUUCCGAUCUUGUGUCGCUGUGCAAGUCAGUGCAGUUUAGAGACUUUGAGACCUCAAAGAGGGAGCAAAAAUACUGGGAGAUCUGCUCUUUCAACGAAGUUGAUGCCAACAGAUUUGCCAAUGAAUACCCCGAGGACUUUGUUUCCUACAACAAGAGGUUCCUCUCCAGGGUGUACCCCACCCCGAUGCGGAUCGAUGCCAGCAACAUGAACCCUCAGGACUUCUGGAAAUGUGGGUGUCAGAUUGUGGCCAUGAACUUCCAGACGCCCGGACUGAUGAUGGACCUCAACCUAGGCUGGUUCCGGCAGAAUGGGAACUGUGGCUACGUGCUGCGCCCGGCCAUCAUGAGGGAGGAGGUGUCUUACUUCAGCGCCAAUGCCAGGGACUCCCUGCCGGGGGUAUCUGCCCAGCUACUGCACAUCAAGGUCAUCAGCGGGCAGAAUCUGCCCAAGCCGAGGGGCUCGGCUGCCAAGGGGGACGUGGUUGAGCCCUACAUCUAUGUGGAGAUCCACGGCAUCCCUGCCGACUGCGCAGAACAAAGGACUAAGACAGUGUCGCAGAACGGCGACAACCCCAUUUUUGAUGAGAGCUUUGAGUUCCAGAUCAACCUCCCUGAGCUGGCGGUGCUGCGCUUCGUGGUGCUAGAUGAUGACUACAUUGGGGAUGAGUUCAUUGGCCAGUACACCAUUCCUUUCGAGUGCCUGCAGCCUGGGUACAGGCAUGUCCCCUUGCAGUCGUUGACAGGGGAGUUUCUGCCAAACACUACACUCUUCGUGCAUAUUGCCAUCACCAACCGCAGGGGUGGCGGCAAGGCCCAUAAGAGGGGGUUGUCAGUGCGGAAGGGGAGGAAAGCCAGGGAGUACACCUCCACCAAAACCACGGGGUUCAAAAUCGUGGACGAGCUCUUCAGAGCAUCUACGCAACCCCUGAGGGAAGCCACAGAUCUCAGAGAAAAUGUACAGAAUGCCACAGUGUCUUUCAAAGAGCUCUGUGGUCUGACGCCAGCAGCCAACAUGAAGCAGUGCAUCUUGACCGUCUCAACCUGGCUACUGAACAGCGAACGUGCCCUGCGGGUCUCAGUCAACCUCACCGAGGCCUACCCGACCAUGGAGGCCCAGGGCCCCAUCCCAGAGCUGCUGCGCAAAGUCCUCACCGCCUACGACACGAUGAUCCAGACGAGCCGCACGCUGAUCGAGUCUGCCGACGUCGUCUAUGCCAAGCUCAUGCAGGCACAGCGAGCUGGGCUGGACUUCCACGAGGACCUCCACAGGAUCGGGGCCAAGGAGGGCCUGAAGGGACGCAAGCUUCAGAAGGCCAUGGAGAGCUACGCCUGGAACAUUACUGUGCUGAAGGGCCAGGCAGAUCUGCUGAAGCAUGCAAAGAAUGAGACCGUGGAUACCCUGCGACAGAUCCACCACGCCGCCCAGUCCUGCGGCCUCAGCAAGAACGGAGCCGCCUCAUCCCCCGAGCUGCCUCGCGCCCGCGCCGGCCUGGACGUCAUCCCGGAGAAUGAGAUGGGCAGCGACAACGGCUCCUGCUGACCGCCAGCCGACACCCACGAGCCUGAGCCAAUCGGGUGCACAGAUACGACAGAGGGGGCAAUGUUCAGGAGUGGACUUCUGUAGAGGUAUAGGCUGCAAUGGAAUAGGAGUGUGAAGGCGUAAGAGAACAGAGGGAUGGCAAGAAAGACAGAGACUUAGAGACAUGAGAGAGGUGUGAGGCUGUGAGGCAGAGUCAGCAGGCAGGCAAAAGAUAUCCUGUUUACAAGAGUGAGACAGAGGGAGGCCAGACACAGCAGGCAGAAU